AUGGAGGCUCUAGGAUAUAUCUUGGAGACUCAGGAGAUUGAACUCCCUGGCGGGGAUGCUACGAGUGAUCAACAGGACGCAUAUGAUCAGUGGUCUGUUAAUGACAUGAAGGUCUGCUGCUAUAUGCUUGCUUCUAUGAGCAAUGAGUUGCAGAAGCAGCAUGAGAACAUGAAGAGUUCUCGUGAGAUCUUGAAGAAUCUCAGAGAGCUAUAUGAGGAGAAUAGCAGGACCGCACGAUAUGAGAUAUCGAAGGAAUUGUUCCGUGCGAGAAUGCAGGAGGGAACUGAAGUUGCAGCUCAUGUGCAGAAGAUGAUUAGGCUGAUUCAACAGCUUGAGAAGCUUGAGUUCCAGAUGGACAAAGAACUCCAUGUGGAUUUAGUUCUUCAGUCUCUCCCAGAUUCUUUCUCAGGGUUCAUUGUGAACUUUCACAUGAACAAGUUAUCAUGUUCGUUGUCUGAGCUGCUGAACAUGUUGGUCACUGCACAAAAUGCUAUGAACAACAAAAGGAAGGAUAAGGAAGUCGUUCUUGUGGCUGGUACUUCUUCCAGUAAGACUGGGAAGAAGAAUAAGAAGUCCAAGAAAGGUUAUGUUCCUCAGUAG